CUCCGACACCACAAACACACCUCCAAUCAGCAGAAGCGAACCGAGAGAAGGAGAAGAGACGCCAUAGACAAAAAAAAAAAAAAAAAUCUCCCCCUCGCGUCUUCUCUUCAUUUUUCGCCAUUGAAAUGGCUCUAAAAGCUUCACCAGUCGCCGGAUUAUUCCCUCCUCUCCGCCCUAUUGCUUCUUCCUCCGCUUCGACUUCUAAUCGCCCUUAUACCCUCAGGGUACUUCCUCUUAGAUCAUCCUUCUUCGGAAACUCAGGUGGAGCUUUGAGAGUGAACGAGCUGAGAUUAGCUUGUGCAAAUAGAUUGAAGUGCCAUGGUCAUGGUGCUACGAUGAAUCUAUUUGAACGAUUUUCUAGGGUGGUCAAGUCAUAUGCAAAUGCACUUAUAAGCUCCUUCGAAGAUCCGGAGAAAAUCCUGGAGCAAACUGUGAUUGAAAUGAAUAGUGAUUUGACAAAGAUGCGGCAAGCCACUGCACAGGUUUUAGCAUCACAAAAGCAGUUGGAGAACAAAUAUAAAGCUUCAAAACAAUCUUCUGAUGACUGGUACAAAAGGGCACAACUUGCUCUUGCAAAAGGAGAUGAGGAUCUUGCACGUGAAGCCCUUAAACGAAGAAAGUCUUUUGCUGACAACGCUACUGCUCUGAAAACUCAACUAGAUCAGCAAAAAGGUGUUGUCGACAAUCUUGUUUCAAAUACAAGGCUCUUGGAGAGUAAGAUACAAGAGGCAAAAGCAAAGAAAGAUACGCUCCUUGCACGUGCUCGCACUGCUAAGACUGCAACCAAAGUGCAAGAGAUGAUAGGGACAGUGAAUACCAGCGGUGCUCUUUCAGCCUUUGAGAAAAUGGAGGAGAAAGUGAUGGCUAUGGAGUCUGAAGCAGAUGCUCUUACUCAGAUUGGAACCGAUGAACUGGAGGGGAAGUUUCAAAUGCUUGAAACUUUAUCUGUUGAUGAUGAUCUUACAAACUUGAAGAAAGAGUUGUCCGGAAGCUCAAAGAAAGGAGAGCUUCCUCCAGGGAGAAGCACCGUCGCAGCAACCACGAGAUACCCUUUCAAGGACUCAGAGAUCGAGAACGAGUUAAACGAACUACGAAGGAAGGCUAAUGAGUUUUAGGCAUCGGAUGUUUCUGAGUUGUUGUUACUGGUUAAGUUCUUUGUGUAAACUAUCUUCUUUCUUGUAGAGAAAAAAAAAAACACAGAAAGCAUGUGUUUGGGUAAUGAGUAUAUAUCCGGCUAUCUAAUCCCCAUUUACAGUUUGGUUAAAUUGCAUUUUCAUCAGAAUC